AUGCCGGGUUCAAGCAGGUUAUACUCCAAGAGGUUUGUUGGCCCUCCUUCCCUCCUUGCCGUCAAGCAUGCCAAAGAUCUGCCCUCGCAUCGUGCUAACCUCGAGAAACACAGAGCCAGAGAGAUCCAGGCACAAGAAGGCAUUCCUGGGCUUCCCCUCAACCCUUGGGGCGGACCUCCUACAAGUGGCAACUCGACGCCCCUCCGCGAGAACAUCCCCGAAUCGCCCACCGAUGGCUUCCCCGACUUUGCCCCUCCUAUGCCUGCUUCCGAGUUGCCCCAAGCUCGCCGUGCCCGAGCUGGCACUCUGCCCUCCCGCUUCUCACCCGGCGGACCAAACCUUCCGCCUGGCCUGUCGAGGUCUAACCGAGUCACGCCUUCCCACACCCCGCUCAAGUCGCCCUCGCCGGCCCUCGACGGCAACGAACAAUCCUCCAGCAGCUCCGCGCUGCUGUCCCGCCUUCGUGCCGGAUCCAUGCCCCAGCGGAGCCCGUUCGCUCACGUACCCGGCACCAGCUCCCCUUUUGGCCCCUCCAUCUUCAGUAGCUGGAAUCCUGCCGGCGUCGGUCGUGAGCGUGGUUCGACUCUGGCUAGCAUCGCAAGCAUUGGUUCCAACGGACCGAGCUCCCCGGCCCAGUCUCACUUUUCGAAGGAAGGCGCGGGCGAGAAUGAUGUCCACAUGCGGACUCUUGACUACCUAGGACUCGCCGAGACGCCGCAGCCGCCCCGUGCCCAGCUUGCCACCCCGUACCUGCCUGCCAACUACAACGACUUGUCGAAAGCUAGCCGCUUCCGAUCCUAUUCGGUGAACAACAAGGACAAGUACGCAGACGAGGAGGAUGAUUACGACGAGAUGGACGGCAUGUACCUCGAGAGCCAGUACGCAGCCCAGCUGCAGGAUCAGCUCGCCGCCACCAAUGCUGCUAUUCACAGCCAUAACAUGGCGGUGCAGGCUUUUGUCAACCAAGCUAGCCGUCCUCGCGCGCGAACGGCUGGUGUCCUGGACACUCCCGGUUCGCGACUGAUGCGUACAUACCUUCCAAGCAACGGCGGCGGACCCCCCUCGCUCUCUUCCGCCGAACUUCGCCACCCCGACGACAAAGACUACGAUGAGCUGCCGCAGGCUGUCGCUGCUAUGAACCUGGGACGGUCCAACAGCCGAAACGCCGGUCUGCUGAACGCUGAGGAUCAAGGACUUGAGGGACCUACCAGUGCUCUGUGGCUGGGAAGCAUUCCCACCUCCACCACCACCUCUACCCUGACCGAGAUGUUCAAGUCCUAUGGCCCGAUCUUGUCUGCGCGAGUUCUCACCCACAAGAACUGUGGCUUCGUCAAUUUCGAGCGCGUUGAGAGUGCCAUCACGGCCAAAGCGAGCAUGAACGGUAAAGAGAUCUUCCCCGGCGCUGGCCCUAUCCGUAUCAACUUUGCCAAGCCCCCCUCUGCCUCAAACACCCCCGGUCACGACGGUGUGUUCCCUUCGCCCAGCCCUGAUCCCUUCGCCAAAGGACAAGAGAAUGGUCAGGGUGGCGCUGGAUCUGCCUCGAACCCAGCAGACGGUUCCACUGUGCCGGCUCGCUCUGCCAACACUCCUCCCAACGCCCCGUCCCUGCAGGAGUCAACCGCCGACAUCCUCCAGAUCGUCAAGCAGUUCCAGGCCUCGGAGGAGGAUCUGUACAGGAUAUCCGGCAACCUGCAAUCCGCCGUUCAGUUCGACGCUUUCGUCGAAGAGAUCCCUCCUAUCCGUGAGCCCGCGCACUCGCGUGUCCACGAUGCCCCCAAGCUGCGCGACAUUCGCAAGAGGAUCGACAACCAGAGCCUGUCAAAGUCAGAGAUUGAGAACAUCGCCGUCGACAUGCUCCCGGAGAUCGCCGAGCUCUCCUCCGAUUACCUCGGCAACACGGUCGUACAGAAGCUCUUUGAGCACUGCUCGGAUGAGCUGCGUGACGCCAUGCUGGCCGAGAUUGCACCUCACAUGGCCGAGAUUGGUGUGCACAAGAACGGCACCUGGGCGGCGCAGAAGAUCAUUGAUGUCUGCAAGACGCCGCAGCAGAUGAUGCUGAUCGUGGAGCACUUGCGCCCCUACACCAUUGGUCUUUUCCUGGACCAGUACGGCAACUACGUCUUGCAAGGCUGCCUCAAGUUCGGUGCGCCGUACAAUGACUUCAUUUUCGAGACCAUGGUCGGUAGGUUGUGGGAUGUCGCUCAAGGUCGCUACGGCGCUCGCGCCAUGAGGGCCUGCCUUGAGAGCCACCACUCUACCAAGGACCAGCAGCGCAUGCUUGCUGCCGUCAUCGCUCUGCACAGCGUGCAGCUGGCGACCAAUGCGAACGGCGCACUGCUUCUCACCUGGUUCCUCGAUACUUGUACCUUCCCUCAGCGCCGCACGGUCCUCUCGCCGCAACUCGUUCCCUAUCUGGUGCACCUCUGCACUCACAAGGUUGCGUACCUCACUGUUCUCAAGGUCAUCAACCAGAAGGCCGAGCCCGAGGCCCGCGACACAAUCCUCAAGGCCCUGUUCUUCACGCCCAAGGAUCACGUGCUGGAGGCCAUUCUCAGCGACCAUGCCUGCGGAGCGACACUCAUCUUCAAGGUGCUCACGACGCCCUUCUUCGACGAGACGAUUCGCAGCCAGGUCGUCGAGAACGUGAAGAAUGUCUUGAUCCGCAUCAAGGCACAGCCGGGUCAGGGCUACAAGCGCCUUAUGGAUGAGGUCGGCCUUUCGACGCGCAACGCGUCCGGUGGUGCCUCCCGUGAUCACAGCAACGAACAGCGUCAGCGCCCCUCGUCUCGCCAAGCAAACAUCAACGGCCACCAGCAGGCUGCGCCCGGCAACAAGCAGUUCUACAACCAGAUGAACCCCACAUCUACCCCCAACUACGAUGCAGGCGGCUUCAAUGGCCAGCGGAACGACGCAGCCGACGCCAACAUGACUCCCUUCCCUUCCUACGGAGUUCAGAACCCCGCCAUGUUCAACCCGGCCAACCAGAUGCCUCCCACCCCGGCCAACCUGCAGCAGAUGCAGUAUCAGCAGAGCAUGCUUCAACGUGGCACCCCUCCCAACUUCUUUCCUCCCAUGCAGGCCGGCUUCAGCCCUAGCCCGUCAAUGGACCACUACAGGAACCAAAACAUGCCCAAUGGAAGCCCGAUCCAGCCGGUUGCGGCUCAGGUCCCGCCCGGCAUGGGCCCUGCCCCAGGCUACGGAGCCCCUGGCUAUGGCAUGAACAUGGGCAUGCCAGGUGGAUACGGCUACAAUGGGAACAUGGGCGGUAUGCAGAACCUCAACGGCAUGCAGAACAUGGGCUACAUGCAGCAGGAACAGGUCAAUGGCAGACGCGGUCGACCCCGCGCUUCGUCUCGGACUCCCUACGCUCCAUUGCCAAAUGACGACCACUGGAUGAGGUCAAGGCGACCCGUGUCCAGCAUGCAAAAGAAUUUUUGGGAAAUGGAGAAGACUCGGCACAUUGGCGUUGCAGGAAUAUUUUGA